AAAAAAACCGAAUCGGCAAGAUUUUGUGCUGCGUUUCUUCCUGCUCUUUAUCAGUGGAAAAACUCUUUCACCGUUUCUCUUCACAAACUAUGUCUAUAACAAAAACUAUGUUAAGAUAAGUGAACGAAACAGCGUUACAUUUAAGUCUUACAACAACAAUCUUAUACGAAUUAAGAACAAACUCAACGUGAAGUCGGGCGUCGACCGGUCCAUCCCUCCUACCGUAACCGUCGGCGACUCCGCCGCCUGUCAGUCGCAAUCUUCAUUUUGUAUCGGCGCCUCGCGCGGUCUCGGAACGCGGGUGCAUUUUUAAAAGUGUUGUGAGGUGCAGUGUCGGUCGGCGCGACCGUUUAAUGUGUUCAGUGCCGGCGUUAGUAAAGCAAGUCGAGGCGCGCGGCGUGGUUCGCGAUGGUUGACAUGGAUAGGAACGACCCGGAGCUCCGGUAUCUGUCGGUGGAUCGGAACAGCUUCAACGAUCCGGCCACUCAGGCGGAAUGGACGCAGAAGCGCUUAGUAUGGGUGCCCCACGAGACCCAAGGGUUCGUGGCGGCCGGGAUCAAAGGGGAGAGAGGAGACGAAGUGGAAGUGGAGAUCGCCGAGUCGGGGAAGCGGAUGCUGGUCCAGAUAGAUGACAUCCAGAAGAUGAAUCCUCCCAAGUUUGACAAGGUGGAGGACAUGGCAGAGCUGACAUGCCUGAAUGAAGCCUCGGUGCUGCAUAACAUCAAGGACAGAUACUACUCCGGCCUGAUUUAUACAUACUCCGGCCUCUUCUGCGUGGUGGUCAACCCGUACAAGAAGCUGCCCAUCUACACGGAGAAGAUCAUGGAGAGGUACAAAGGCAUAAAGAGGCACGAGGUACCGCCACACGUGUUCGCCAUCACCGACACAGCAUACCGCUCUAUGUUACAAGAUCGCGAAGACCAGUCUAUCCUCUGCACAGGAGAAUCGGGCGCCGGAAAGACAGAAAAUACGAAAAAAGUCAUACAGUACCUCGCGUACGUCGCUGCUUCAAAACCUAAAGGAUCCGGAGCGGGACCCUCACCACAGUUGAUAAUAGGCGAAUUAGAACAACAGUUAUUGCAAGCCAACCCCAUACUUGAGGCGUUUGGUAACGCCAAAACAGUCAAAAACGACAACUCGUCAAGAUUCGGCAAAUUCAUAAGAAUAAACUUCGACGCAUCCGGCUACAUAGCCGGCGCGAACAUCGAGACAUACUUGCUGGAGAAGUCGCGCGCCAUUCGCCAAGCGAAAGACGAGCGGACCUUCCACAUAUUCUACCAGCUCCUGACUGGUGCCACACCUGAGCAACGCGCGGAGUACAUACUUGAGGACCCGAAGAGUUACCCGUUCCUGUCCAAUGCUGCGUUACCAGAAUCCUUUACAGUGCCCGGGAUCGACGACGCCCUGGAGUUCCAAGCCACCAUCAAGUCGAUGAACAUCAUGGGCAUGAACAACGAGGACUUCAACUCGAUAUUCAGGAUAGUUUCAGCGACGCUGCUGUUUGGCUCCAUGCAGUUCAAGCAGGAGAGGAACUCGGACCAGGCGACGCUGCCUGACAACACUGUUGCUCAAAAGAUUGCUCAUUUACUCGGACUCUCCGUAACGGAGAUGACAAAAGCCUUCCUCAAGCCGAGAAUCAAGGUCGGUCGCGACUUCGUAACGAAAGCGCAGACGAAAGAACAGGUGGAAUUCUCAGUCGAGGCCAUCGGCAAGGCGUGCUACGAGCGGCUCUUCAGGUGGCUCGUCAACAGGAUCAACAGGUCCCUAGACAGGACCAAGAGGCAAGGAGCUUCCUUCAUCGGCAUCCUCGAUAUGGCCGGUUUCGAAAUCUUCGACCUCAACUCCUUCGAACAGCUCUGCAUCAACUACACAAAUGAAAAGCUCCAACAGCUCUUCAAUCACACCAUGUUCAUCCUCGAACAAGAAGAGUACCAACGGGAGGGCAUCGAAUGGAAGUUCAUCGACUUCGGCCUCGAUCUCCAGCCGACCAUCGACCUUAUCGACAAACCCAUGGGCAUCAUGGCCUUGUUAGACGAGGAAUGUUGGUUCCCCAAAGCCACCGACAAAACUUUCGUCGAGAAGUUGGUCUCGGCUCACUCCGUCCACCCCAAAUUCAUGAAGACCGACUUCCGUGGCAUCGCCGACUUCGCGAUCAUCCACUACGCGGGCAAAGUAGACUACUCCGCUGAGAAGUGGCUGAUGAAGAACAUGGACCCGUUGAACGAGAACGUGGUGUCCCUUCUCCAGUCUUCCCAAGAUCCUUUCGUAUGCCACAUCUGGAAGGACGCUGAGAUCGUCGGCAUGGCGCAGCAGGCCAUGACUGACACUCAAUUCGGAGCCAGAACGAGAAAGGGCAUGUUCAGAACCGUCUCCCAACUGUACAAGGAACAGCUGACAAAGCUCAUGGCAACACUCAGAAACACAAACCCCAAUUUCGUCAGGUGUAUCAUUCCUAACCACGAGAAGAGGGCCGGUAAGAUCGAAGCCCCUCUGGUCUUAGAUCAGCUCAGAUGCAACGGUGUGCUGGAGGGCAUCAGGAUAUGCAGACAAGGUUUCCCUAACCGAAUUCCCUUCCAGGAGUUCAGACAGAGAUACGAACUGCUCACGCCCAACAUCAUCCCUAAAGGUUUCAUGGACGGAAAGAAGGCAUGCGAGCAAAUGAUCGAAGCCUUAGAGCUGGACCAUAACCUAUACCGCGUUGGUCAAUCAAAGAUCUUCUUCAGGGCGGGAGUACUGGCCCAUUUGGAAGAGGAAAGAGAUUACAAGAUCACGGACUUGAUUGUGAACUUCCAGGCGUUCUGCCGAGGGUUCCUCGCCAGGAGAAACUACCAGAAGAGAUUGCAGCAGCUGAACGCCAUCAGAAUCAUCCAGAGGAACUGCGCAGCGUACCUCAAGCUUAGGAAUUGGCAAUGGUGGAGAUUAUACAUAAAGGUGAAACCUCUCCUAGAAGUGACGAAGCAGGAGGAGAAGCUAACGCAGAAGGAGGACGAGCUCCGCCAGAUCCGCGACAAGCUGGACACACAGAUGAAGCGCUGCCAGGAGUACGAGCAGAAGUUCCAGCAGGCCAGCGCCGAGAAGACGCAGUUGGCUGAACAGUUGCAGGCUGAGUUGGAGCUAUGUGCGGAAGCGGAAGAGUCUCGCGCCCGCGCAGCGGCCAGGAAGCAGGAGUUGGAGGAACUGCUGCACGACCUGGAGGGCAGGAUCGAGGAGGAAGAGGAGCGGUGCAGCGCGCUGCAGCAGGAGAAGAAACGACUGCAGCUCAACAUACAGGACCUCGAGGAACAACUGGAAGAGGAGGAAGCAGCGCGACAGAAGCUGCAGCUCGAGCGAGUGCAGUGCGACGCCAAGCUCAAGAAGUUGGAAGAAGACCUGGCCCUCAGCGACGACACCAACCAGAAACUCGGCAAAGAGAAGAAGAUCCUAGAAGAACGCGCCAACGACCUUUCCCAAGCGUUAGCCGAAGAGGAAGAAAAGGCUAAACACCUCAGCAAGCUCAAGGCCAAACAGGAAUCAGCCAUCGCUGAGCUAGAAGAGAAACUCCUCAAAGACCACCAGCUUAGGCAGGAGGCGGAUCGUGCUAAACGCAAGCUGGAAACUGAGCUGCAGGAUGUUAAGGAACAGCUUGUUGAGAGGAAAGCUCAGUUGGAUGAGCUGCAGAUUGUGUUGGCCAAACGCGAAGAAGAGCUGGCCGUGGCCAUCGCUCGCGCCGACGAAGAGGGCGCGCUCCGCGCCGCCGCACAGAAGGCAGCUCGCGAAGCCGAGUCCGCGCUCGCCGACGCUCAUGAAGAUCUCGAGGCGGAGCGCGCCGCGCGCACCAAGGCCGAGAAACUGCGCCGAGACUUGAACGAGGAGCUGGAGGCGCUCAAGAGCGAGCUGCUCGACUCGCUCGAUACUACUGCUGCUCAGCAAGAACUCCGCUCCAAGCGCGAGCAAGAAGUGGCAGUUCUCAAGCGCAGCUUAGAAGAAGAAGCGGCCACCCACGAGAGCUCACUGGCUGAACAACGACACAAGCACUCUCAGGAACUACAACAGCUCAUGGAACAGCACGAACAGAUCAAGAAGGCUAAAGCUGGCCUGGAGAAAGCCAAGCAAGCUUUAGAAGCCGAGAACGCCGACCUAGCCACAGAGUUGAAGUCGGCAAGUGCGGCGAAGGCGGAAGGCGAACGCCGUCGCAAGCAGGCUGAAGCUCAGUUGGCUGAACUAGCCGCUAAGUUGCAGGAGAACGAGAGAUCACGAGCGGAGGUCCAAGAGAAAUGCGUCCGUCUGCAGAGCGAGGCGGAGCAAGCCCUGGCGCAGCUGGAGCAGGCCGAGCUCAAGGCCUCUGCCGCCGUCAAGCAGGCCGCCACCAUCGGCGCGCAACACGCCGAGGCCCAGGCAUUAUUGGAGGAAGAAACGAAACAGAAGCUAGCCCUGCAGACGCGCCUGCGCAAUGUGGAGCAACAGCUGGAGCAGGCACGCGACCAGCUGGACGAAGAGGAAGAGGCCAAGAAGAACUUCGAGAAACAGGUGGCCGCUCUAACCAUCCAAGUGGCUGAAGCUAAGAAGAAGGCGGAAGAGGAAGCGGAAGCGGCGGCCAUCUUGGAGGAGGCCCGCAAGAAGCUCAGCAAGGACAUCGAGGCGCUGCACCGGCAGAUCGACGAAUUACAGCAGGCUAAUGACAAACUUGACAAGAGUAAAAAGAAAAUCCAAGCCGAGUUGGAAGACACGAACAUCGAACUGGAAGCGCAGCGCGCCAAAGUCAUGGAACUCGAGAAGAAACAGAAGAGUUUCGACAAGGUGGUGGCCGAGGAGCGAGCGGUGGCGGAGCGUUACGCGGCCGAGCGCGACCAGGCCGAGCGUGAAGCCCGCGACAAGGAGACCAGAGUGCUCUCGCUCACGAGAGAGCUCGACGAUGCCGCUGAAAAGAUUGAAGAACUAGAACGCACGAAACGCCUCCUACAAUCGGAGCUCGACGAGCUCGCCAACACACAAGGCACCGCCGACAAGAACGUUCACGAGUUGGAGAAAGCCAAGCGAGCGCUCGAAUCACAGUUGGCUGAACUCAGAGCCCAAAACGAGGAGAUCGAAGAUGACCUGCAGUUGACUGAGGACGCUAAACUGCGUUUAGAAGUCAAUAUGCAGGCCAUGCGGGCACAGUUUGAGAGGGAUCUUCAGGCCAAAGAAGAGCAAGGCGAGGAGAAGCGACGCGGCAUCGUGAAGCAGCUGCGAGAUCUCGAAGCCGAGCUGGAAGAGGAGCGCAAGCAGCGCGCCGCCGCUCUCGCCAUGAGGAAAAAGCUGGAGGGAGAACUUAAGGAUGCAGAACAGGCUUUACACUUGGCCAACAAGGUGAAGGAGGACGCCACGAAGCAACUGAAGAAGCUGCAGCAGCAGCUGAAGGAGGCGGUGCGCGAGGGCGAGGAGGCGCGCGCGGGGCGCGAGGAGGCGGCGGCGGCGGCGCGCGACGCCGAGCGCCGCGUCAAGGCGCUCGAGGCCGAGGCGCUGCAGCACGCCGAGGAGCUCGCCGGCGCCGAGCGCGCCCGGAGACAGGCCGAGGCUGAGAGGGAUGACUUGCAGGACGAGCUCAACAACACCAGCAGCAAGGUAUGUUGUUAGGAGCCGAGCGCCGCGUCAAGGCGCUCGAGGCCGAGGCGCUGCAGCACGCCGAGGAGCUCGCCGGCGCCGAGCGCGCCCGGAGACAGGCCGAGGCUGAGAGGGAUGACUUGCAGGACGAGCUCAACAACACCAGCAGCAAGGUAUGUUGUUAGGAGCCGAGCGCCGCGUCAAGGCGCUCGAGGCCGAGGCGCUGCAGCACGCCGAGGAGCUCGCCGGCGCCGAGCGCGCCCGGAGACAGGCCGAGGCUGAGAGGGAUGACUUGCAGGACGAGCUCAACAACACCAGCAGCAAGGUAUGUUGUUAGGAGCCGAGCGCCGCGUCAAGGCGCUCGAGGCCGAGGCGCUGCAGCACGCCGAGGAGCUCGCCGGCGCCGAGCGCGCCCGGAGACAGGCCGAGGCUGAGAGGGAUGACUUGCAGGACGAGCUCAACAACACCAGCAGCAAGGUAUGUUGUUAGGAGCCGAGCGCCGCGUCAAGGCGCUCGAGGCCGAGGCGCUGCAGCACGCCGAGGAGCUCGCCGGCGCCGAGCGCGCCCGGAGACAGGCCGAGGCUGAGAGGGAUGACUUGCAGGACGAGCUCAACAACACCAGCAGCAAGGUAUGUUGUUAGGAGCCGAGCGCCGCGUCAAGGCGCUCGAGGCCGAGGCGCUGCAGCACGCCGAGGAGCUCGCCGGCGCCGAGCGCGCCCGGAGACAGGCCGAGGCUGAGAGGGAUGACUUGCAGGACGAGCUCAACAACACCAGCAGCAAGGUAUGUUGUUAGGAGCCGAGCGCCGCGUCAAGGCGCUCGAGGCCGAGGCGCUGCAGCACGCCGAGGAGCUCGCCGGCGCCGAGCGCGCCCGGAGACAGGCCGAGGCUGAGAGGGAUGACUUGCAGGACGAGCUCAACAACACCAGCAGCAAGGUAUGUUGUUAGGAGCCGAGCGCCGCGUCAAGGCGCUCGAGGCCGAGGCGCUGCAGCACGCCGAGGAGCUCGCCGGCGCCGAGCGCGCCCGGAGACAGGCCGAGGCUGAGAGGGAUGACUUGCAGGACGAGCUCAACAACACCAGCAGCAAGGUAUGUUGUUAGGAGCCGAGCGCCGCGUCAAGGCGCUCGAGGCCGAGGCGCUGCAGCACGCCGAGGAGCUCGCCGGCGCCGAGCGCGCCCGGAGACAGGCCGAGGCUGAGAGGGAUGACUUGCAGGACGAGCUCAACAACACCAGCAGCAAGGUAUGUUGUUAGGAGCCGAGCGCCGCGUCAAGGCGCUCGAGGCCGAGGCGCUGCAGCACGCCGAGGAGCUCGCCGGCGCCGAGCGCGCCCGGAGACAGGCCGAGGCUGAGAGGGAUGACUUGCAGGACGAGCUCAACAACACCAGCAGCAAGGUAUGUUGUUAGGAGCCGAGCGCCGCGUCAAGGCGCUCGAGGCCGAGGCGCUGCAGCACGCCGAGGAGCUCGCCGGCGCCGAGCGCGCCCGGAGACAGGCCGAGGCUGAGAGGGAUGACUUGCAGGACGAGCUCAACAACACCAGCAGCAAGGUAUGUUGUUAGGAGCCGAGCGCCGCGUCAAGGCGCUCGAGGCCGAGGCGCUGCAGCACGCCGAGGAGCUCGCCGGCGCCGAGCGCGCCCGGAGACAGGCCGAGGCUGAGAGGGAUGACUUGCAGGACGAGCUCAACAACACCAGCAGCAAGGUAUGUUGUUAGGAGCCGAGCGCCGCGUCAAGGCGCUCGAGGCCGAGGCGCUGCAGCACGCCGAGGAGCUCGCCGGCGCCGAGCGCGCCCGGAGACAGGCCGAGGCUGAGAGGGAUGACUUGCAGGACGAGCUCAACAACACCAGCAGCAAGGUAUGUUGUUAGGAGCCGAGCGCCGCGUCAAGGCGCUCGAGGCCGAGGCGCUGCAGCACGCCGAGGAGCUCGCCGGCGCCGAGCGCGCCCGGAGACAGGCCGAGGCUGAGAGGGAUGACUUGCAGGACGAGCUCAACAACACCAGCAGCAAGGUAUGUUGUUAGGAGCCGAGCGCCGCGUCAAGGCGCUCGAGGCCGAGGCGCUGCAGCACGCCGAGGAGCUCGCCGGCGCCGAGCGCGCCCGGAGACAGGCCGAGGCUGAGAGGGAUGACUUGCAGGACGAGCUCAACAACACCAGCAGCAAGGUAUGUUGUUAGGAGCCGAGCGCCGCGUCAAGGCGCUCGAGGCCGAGGCGCUGCAGCACGCCGAGGAGCUCGCCGGCGCCGAGCGCGCCCGGAGACAGGCCGAGGCUGAGAGGGAUGACUUGCAGGACGAGCUCAACAACACCAGCAGCAAGGUAUGUUGUUAGGAGCCGAGCGCCGCGUCAAGGCGCUCGAGGCCGAGGCGCUGCAGCACGCCGAGGAGCUCGCCGGCGCCGAGCGCGCCCGGAGACAGGCCGAGGCUGAGAGGGAUGACUUGCAGGACGAGCUCAACAACACCAGCAGCAAGGUAUGUUGUUAGGAGCCGAGCGCCGCGUCAAGGCGCUCGAGGCCGAGGCGCUGCAGCACGCCGAGGAGCUCGCCGGCGCCGAGCGCGCCCGGAGACAGGCCGAGGCUGAGAGGGAUGACUUGCAGGACGAGCUCAACAACACCAGCAGCAAGGUAUGUUGUUAGGAGCCGAGCGCCGCGUCAAGGCGCUCGAGGCCGAGGCGCUGCAGCACGCCGAGGAGCUCGCCGGCGCCGAGCGCGCCCGGAGACAGGCCGAGGCUGAGAGGGAUGACUUGCAGGACGAGCUCAACAACACCAGCAGCAAGGUAUGUUGUUAGGAGCCGAGCGCCGCGUCAAGGCGCUCGAGGCCGAGGCGCUGCAGCACGCCGAGGAGCUCGCCGGCGCCGAGCGCGCCCGGAGACAGGCCGAGGCUGAGAGGGAUGACUUGCAGGACGAGCUCAACAACACCAGCAGCAAGGUAUGUUGUUAGGAGCCGAGCGCCGCGUCAAGGCGCUCGAGGCCGAGGCGCUGCAGCACGCCGAGGAGCUCGCCGGCGCCGAGCGCGCCCGGAGACAGGCCGAGGCUGAGAGGGAUGACUUGCAGGACGAGCUCAACAACACCAGCAGCAAGGUAUGUUGUUAGGAGCCGAGCGCCGCGUCAAGGCGCUCGAGGCCGAGGCGCUGCAGCACGCCGAGGAGCUCGCCGGCGCCGAGCGCGCCCGGAGACAGGCCGAGGCUGAGAGGGAUGACUUGCAGGACGAGCUCAACAACACCAGCAGCAAGGUAUGUUGUUAGGAGCCGAGCGCCGCGUCAAGGCGCUCGAGGCCGAGGCGCUGCAGCACGCCGAGGAGCUCGCCGGCGCCGAGCGCGCCCGGAGACAGGCCGAGGCUGAGAGGGAUGACUUGCAGGACGAGCUCAACAACACCAGCAGCAAGGUAUGUUGUUAGGAGCCGAGCGCCGCGUCAAGGCGCUCGAGGCCGAGGCGCUGCAGCACGCCGAGGAGCUCGCCGGCGCCGAGCGCGCCCGGAGACAGGCCGAGGCUGAGAGGGAUGACUUGCAGGACGAGCUCAACAACACCAGCAGCAAGGUAUGUUGUUAGGAGCCGAGCGCCGCGUCA